AAGACAAGUUGGUAAGUCAAUCAUUCAGUUGGAUUCAGCUAACAUCUSAAUAGACAUCCAAGGCAAUACAAACCCUGACAACAUGAAGAUUGCUAUCGCUCUACUUGUGGUGUGCUCAGCCGUUUUUAUGGCUGCUGCAGAAGAGAAGGCAGAGGAAGACCCUAUCGCCUUUCUGAAAGCCAGAAACAUGCCCGUGGAGGAAGUCGGUGAGGAUGAGCCAGAGUUUGGUACCGAAGAUGAGCAGCAUUCAGAUUCGGCAGAGGUGGAGAAACGAGCCAAGAAAAAGUGGAUUGUCGAUAGACUCAGCUACAUAAGUUGUCGCUACAUUCUUUCAUACGGGUUAUGCUAUAAACACGCCAUAUUGCGAUAUCUUUGCCCUGCACUUUGCCGCUGCAAAAACCGCCUUUCCAGACGAAGCUGUCUCUAUCUGAAAAAAUAUGGCUAUUGCAAAAAGAACGUACUCACGAGGUCGAAGUGCCGUUAUACCUGCAAAACUUGCAUAAGGAAGUUCCUUGGAUAAAUCCUAUCAAGACGACAACAUCACAGCAAAGCACUCAACUUCCUUUAAUUCAAGAUCUCGUGUUYUUGAAUUUCUAUUACUGCACUGGAAUUUGCUUUAUGUCMACACAGGAUUUUGCAAAUAAAUUAUGUAGAUUAGAAGAAUGGAAUAAGCAAUUUGUAAUUUCAAAMGCCGCGGAUGUGAUUCGUACGUUGUAAAACGUCAGAAUGUCAAAUUGAAAUUAAACACAACCAAUAAAGUAUUUGCAUUGAAUA